AUGAAUAUGGUGUGGAAUUACGAGGAAGCAACUCUUGUUAAUGGCUUUGACAAUCACGAUUUUCUGGACCAAGUAAUUUCAAAGCUCUGCCUUGUCAAUGAACUUGAUGACUCUCUGCUACUUGUUGCUUCAUGCGAUGGGUCAGUCCGCAUAUGGAAAGACUACGCAACAAAGGGUAGACAAAGGCUUGUCACAGGGUUUUCUUCAAUCCAGGGUCACAAUCGCGGUGCUCCUGGCUUGAAUGCUGUCGUGGACUGGCAACAGCAGUCAGGUUACCUGUAUGCUUGUGGGGAAUCGUCAUCAAUCAUGGUUUGGGACCUGGAGAAAGAACAAGUCGUCAAAUCUGCGUCCUCUGAAACAGAAUGCAGCGUCACAGCCCUCUCGGCUUCUCAAGUGCACGGGGGCAAAGUUGCAGCUGGUUUCGCAGAUGGAUCUGUAAGACUCUAUGAUGUCCGGACACCUGAAUGGCUUGUGUGCGCCACUCGACCUCAUCAGAGAGCAGAAAAAGUAGUUGGACUCAGCUUUCAGCCUGGACUGGACCCGGCAAAGAUUGUGAGUGCGUCGCAAGCAGGUGACAUAAAGUUUCUGGAUGUGAGACGAACGAAGGAGACAUACCUGACGAUAAACGCGCACAGAGGAUCUCUGACAGCAAUGGGUGUUCAUAGGCACGCUCCAAUAAUAGCGAGCGGGUCAGGGAGACAGCUGAUAAAAGUGUUCAACCUUGAGGGAGAACAGCUUGGGAUCAUAAAGUACCAAACAUCCUUCAUGGCCCAAAAGAUUGGCCCAGUCAGUUCCCUAACCUUUCACCCUUACCAGGUCUUGCUAGCCGCAGGGGCUGCUGGCUCCCUUGUCUCCUUAUACAGCCACCACAAAGAUGAGGACAAGUAG